GUCCUUUCCAGACGAGCAGGACACAAGGAAAAGUGACUACUGAACCUUGCCAAGACACAGCAGCUGCAGAAACUGCCAGAGCCUAAAGGAGACAGACUUGCCAGGACUCAAGCAGCUCUACAUCAUGAACAAUGAGGAGAGUGUGUCUGCUGUUAAUAACCCAGAUAAUGCCCAUGUCACCGAGCCUCCAUAUGCUAUGACCCCUGGAAGCCAGAAGAAGCCUUUGGAAAGGAAUACUUACCAGGCACCAGCAAAAAUGCUCCGCUUUACAGGGAGUGGAAACUUACAGAACCCAUACUGUGUGGUCCAGCAUCCAGCUGGAAUGACAGGCUUGCAGGCCCAGCCCACUCGGAUACCAUACUCAGGGGGAACGGCUAAUGUGCAAUGCUCACCAGAAAUAACAACUGCCCCAGGGCCAGCAAAGACAGCAAGCCAUCUACAGUGGAACAUGUCCUCUAUGUCCUGUUCUGAAUUUAAUCCCAAGAAAGUCAUAAAUGAAGAAGUCAGAACAUUAGGGGGCAUCCAGAUCAUCAUUGGCCUACUUCAUAUUGUGUCUGCAUUCAACCCUGAACUAUACAGGAAUACUACUGUGCUGGGGUUAUCAGGGUACCUGGUCUGGGGAGGACUGUCUGAUUUCGGACCAUCCAGUUCAGAGCUCCCUCCUGACUGUACAAGGUUUAUCAUCUCUGGAUUCCUCUCAGUCUGGGCUGCAAAGGACCCCAGAAGCUGCCUGGUGAGCACCAACAUCGGCAUGAAUGUCAUCAGUUCCAUCUUCUCCCUUUUGGGCGUCAUUAUUAUCGUUGUAGAUCUGUGUGUUUCCAACGCUGAUGUUAAUUCACUGACGGGUUGUCUGAAGGCAAUCUCUGGGGGUCUCCUCCCCUUUGCCCUCCUGGAAUUCAUCAUCACCUGUAUGAUCUCACAUUUUGGGUGCCAGGCUGCCUGCUGGACUGAUUUUAAGAACAUCUCAACCAUGUUCAGUAACAACACAGUCAACACGUCCAGUGGAUGUAUCAACAUGACCAAUGGACCUGUCAAUACGACUGAUAGACCUGUCAACAUGACCAAUAGACCUGUUUAUACGACCAAUGGACCUGUCAAUACGACUGAUAGACGUGUCAAAAUGACCAAUAGACCUGUCUAUAUGACCAAUGGACCUGCCUAUACGACUGAUAGACCUGUCAACAUGACCAAUAGGCCUGUCUAUACGACCGAUGGACCUGUCUAUACGACCAAUGGACCUGUCUCUACAACCGAGGGACCUGUCAACAUGACCAAUGGACCUGUCAACAGCACCAGUCCAGACAGUGACACCAACAUCCCAGUCCCCAGUAAUGCUCCCCCUGGACACUCAUACAAAGAUAGAGAUGGUCUUGACCAGCAAUAGCUGACAGAAUACCCAUUUCAAUGACAUGGAAGUACCUCUGCAAUGGUAGCUUUGCUUCCACAUGAAACAACUGAGACCUUGACCCUGGCAUAACCACUAGGCCAAGAUGAACACCCAUUUUUCCCUCCUCUUCACUCUUAAGCUUCCCUUUGGUUUGCUAUUAAUGUGCUUUUUUAAUUCAUAAAUGUCUCCCUUUGA